AGGCGCGCCCGCGUCCGUUCAAACCCUGCCCAGUGCCUCCUCUUCCAGUCGCUUCCCGGCUGCUUCGCGCGCCCAUCGCCCCGACACCUGAGUCCGGCCCCUGGGGGCGCGUCCUGUCGCGCUCGGCGACUUCUCCCUUUUCUCCGCCAGAGGCUGAGGGUGAGGCCCACGUUGGUGUCCUGCGCGUGUAGGUCACCGCGAGCUCCUCGCACAAGCGGCGCCGAGGCGCGAGUUUAGCAGAGAAGAGCGGGGCAGCAGAGCGCGGGUCUCGCCGUGCUGCCGGUCACGUGGCGGGGAGGGGGCGCCGGUGCGCGCGAGCAGGAGAGCGGGGGCGCGCGCCUGAGAGCGUGUGGAGGCGCAAGUCGCGGUUCGGGUGUCUGUUUCGGGGGGAGGGGGCGGCGGCCGGGAAGGCUGACUCCGCCCCCUGUGCGCAUGCUCCGGCCUCGGCGGGUUAUAAGGCAGCCCCGCGGGCACGGCCCGACAAAGUGCAGGCGAGCUGCGACGUGACUGUCCUGGCGCGUGGGUGCCCUAGCGAGCGAACAAGGCAGCCGGAGGAGGACGCGACCGGGACCCUGAGCCCCGCGGAACUCCAGCUGUGCCGCCGCGUCACGCACACGCUCGGCGCCGCGAGCCCCGCAUAACGGGGUGUUUAACCUGGGAUCUGCAGAUUGAUCCUCCAUGCUCACUGUAUAAGAUGAAGGCUUUUAUUUUGCUCAACUCGGGGAACACCUUCAGAGAUCAGUGAACGUCAGGUUUGAAAUACCUGCUUAGUAGUCUUCAGAAUACUGGAGGUGAAGUAGAUUCCAGCAAAAAUGCCAGCUUUUAUGCUCAGAUACUCAUUUACAUUCAAAGUAAUAAAGUGACACAAGCCUGACAACACAUCUAUUUAUAAUUUUAAUCCAGCCAGAAAUUUCUUCAUAUUCUGGAACAAGAUAUUUGGAUUUGAGCUGCAUUUUGGAAUUUAUCUACAUUUAAAAUGCCACCAGCAAUUGGAGGUCCAGUUGGAUACACUCCCCCAGAUGGAGGCUGGGGGUGGGCAGUGGUAGUUGGAGCUUUCAUUUCCAUUGGCUUCUCUUACGCAUUUCCCAAAUCCAUUACUGUGUUCUUCAAAGAAAUUGAAGGUAUAUUCAAUGCCACCACCAGUGAAGUGUCAUGGAUAUCCUCCAUCAUGUUGGCUGUCAUGUAUGGUGGAGGUCCUAUCAGCAGUAUCCUGGUGAAUAAAUAUGGUAGUCGUCCAAUCAUGAUUAUUGGCGGCUGCCUGUCAGGCUGUGGCUUGAUUGCAGCUUCUUUCUGUAACACUGUGCAGGAACUUUACUUGUGUGUUGGGUUCAUAGGAGGUCUUGGACUUGCCUUCAAUUUGAAUCCUGCUCUGACCAUGAUUGGCAAGUAUUUCUACAAGAGGCGACCAUUGGCAAAUGGACUGGCCAUGGCAGGCAGCCCUGUGUUUCUGUCUACCCUGGCCCCUCUCAAUCAGGCUUUCUUUGGUAUCUUUGGCUGGAGAGGAAGCUUCCUAAUUCUUGGGGGCUUCCUGCUAAACUGCUGCGUAGCUGGAGCUUUAAUGCGACCAAUAGGGCCCAAGCCAACCAAAGCAGGGAAGAAAGAUAGGUCUAAAGAAUCCCUUCAGGUAGCUGGAAAAUCUGAUGCAAUAAAAGGGGCCAGUGAUGCACAUACAGAUCUUAUUGGAGGAAACCCCAAAGAAAAAAAACGAUCAGUCUUCCAAACAGUAAAUAAAUUUCUGGACUUAACUCUGUUCACACACAGAGGCUUUUUGCUAUACCUCUCCGGAAAUGUGCUCAUGUUUUUUGGACUAUUUACUCCUCUGGUCUUUCUUAGUAAUUAUGGCAAGAGUCAGCAUUAUUCUAGUGAGAAGUCUGCCUUCCUUCUUUCCAUUCUGGCUUUUGUUGACAUGGUAGCCAGACCUUCUAUGGGACUUGUAGCCAACACAAAGUGGAUAAGACCUCGAGUGCAGUAUUUUUUUGCUGCUUCUAUUAUUGCAAAUGGAGUGUGUCAUCUGCUAGCACCUUUGUCCUCCAGCUAUGUUGGGUUUUGUGUCUAUGCGGGAGUCUUUGGAUUUGCAUUUGGGUGGCUCAGCUCUGUAUUGUUUGAAACACUGAUGGACCUCGUUGGACCCCAGAGGUUCUCCAGCGCUGUGGGACUGGUGACCAUUGUGGAAUGCUGUCCUGUCCUCCUGGGGCCACCUCUCUUAGGUCGUCUCAACGAUGUAUAUGGAGACUACAAAUACACGUACUGGGCCUGUGGCGUAAUCCUUAUUAUUGCGGGUAUCUAUCUCUUCAUCGGCAUGGGCAUUAAUUAUCGACUUGUGGCAAAAGAACAGAAAGCAGAGAAGCAGCAGAAAAAGGAAAGUAAAGAGGAGGAGACCAGUGUAGAUGUUGCAGAGAUGCCAAAAGAAGUUGCAGACGCAGCAGAAUCUUCAGAGCAGAAAGGCACAGAGGGAAGCCCCAAAGAGGAGGAGAGUCCAGUCUAAACUCAUGAGGCUGAAGAGUAAAUGGAGUAGCUCAUGACCCAAGAUAUCUGAAAAUAUUCUGCAGGCCUGUAAUCUAUCAGUGGUGCUUGAUGGAAAUUAGUGGACAUUUGUGUGGACACCAUACCAGGUAUUCAUUGAUGGAAUUUUUGUUUCACUCCUUACAAGUGGCCUGAAUUUAAAAUGUCAUACCUUUGGAGAGGGAGUAAGUGGCAAAGAAUGAGGGAAGGAAGUUGUUUUUCUGUUUGUUUUUUUAAUCUUAGCUUUUACAGUGUCAUAAAGAUUAUAACAUGUGCCUUAAGUUUUAGUCUUUAGAACUCUUUAGAUAGCCUUAACUUUUAAAACCAUUAUCCUGACUUCAUAUAUUUUAAGUGUUGUGUUACAAGGAAAAAUGACUAGUUUUAGACAUCUAAAAUUUUUUAAUUAAUUUUGCUUCAUUAUUAUUUGUAAUAUGUCAGACAUUGUCACUAGAAGAUUUAUGAAUAGAAAUACUGGUCGAAGGUUGGGGGUUUUAUAAAAUCCUGACUCAAAUUAUUUUCUUAACAUCAAUAGUUGCCUGGUAUAUGUGCCUGCUAGUUAUAUAUUUAGGAAACUUAAGGCAUAAAACUUUGGAAAUAUCUUGGCUGUUCUAGACACAUUGUGCCAUCAACACCCCUCUGGUAUCUUUUUUCUUGGGAUGCUUAGCAGAAACCCAGUGCUUGAGAGUUGAUUUCAUUAUAUUACUAUUUUUUGUUCCCCUUUCCAAAGACACAGUUUGAUUAUAGGUCUUUGCCCCUUUUGAGAUCAUUUAGUGUUAUUUUCACUGUAUAAGUUAAUAUUAAAAUAUACAAAACUACAUAAUUGUGCCUCCUUAGUAAAUACAACAUAUCUAAUUAAAUGUAGACAUAUAUCAAACAGCAGCUGAAUUCAGCUUAGGUUUUUCCAAAACCUCAGCUAAAGUGUAAGACUUAGAACUUUAUUUGUUGUUUUUUUUCUGGAAUUUUCCCCCAUUGAUCCAUACUGGUUCCAUUAAUACCUGCUCUAACUUAGAGCUGUAUGUGAGAUAGUCACUCUUUGUUUAGUUUUUUUUUUUUAAUGUUUGCUCAUUAGAGCAAGCCAGAGAGAGUUGGCCCCAAGCAAACCAAUAAUGAUAAGAUUGGGAGGAACCUUGCUAAGUGUGCUUAGUUUCAAUAAAUAACAUCUUUUCUUUUUUCUGAAAAGGACUUAAAAUUAUGUUUUGCUUAUAAUUAUUGGACAUAUUCUUACCCUCCACACAAACUUAAAAAUUUUAUGAUUCUACUUACUUACCUGAAAAGUAAAGAAAUGGGUUUAGUAUAGGAUAGGAGAAUGGACCAGAACGAAAACUGUAAAUAUUUUUUAACUUAAUAUCUUUUAAAUUGAGGCAGGAAGAUAAUAGACAUUCAAUGAAUUAUAUUCAAUGCAUUAAAAAAUGCAAUUGUAAUUGACACAGUGAAAGUAUAGAUACAAACCUUGUGUAAAAGGCUGACUUUUCCAAAUAAACUUUUUUUUCUUAAUG